AUGUAUAAAUUUUAAUAUUUUCACUGGCGAGUUUCUUUACUUGAAAAUUUCAGACUUUAUAUUUAAUAAUAAAAGUAUAUUAAAUGCAUUGCUAAAAAGAUAUAAAUUUACCAUCUUAGGCAAAACAAUAUGUAAUUCCUUCCGAUUCACUGUUAAUUACAAACUAUAUAAUAUGACAUUAUUUGACCUCGUGUACUUAAAUUUAUUCUUUUAUGCUUCUUCUAGUAACAUUGCCGUGAUUAAUAUAACAAAGAGUGGUUGAUAAACAAUAUGUGCUCGAGUUCAUCGGAUGGAUGCUGAAGUGGCUUUAAAUGAGUGAUAAUUGGUUAUGUGACCAAAUCAAUGAUUUAAGUAAUAAAGAAUUAUUCUUUGGGUAUUGUGAGAUGAUCAAAUACGUUCGGGAGUGAUCAAAUCUAACAAUGCCCGAGGUUUUAAAUGAAUGAAAAUUGGUUAGAUAACCAGAUCAAUGCUUCAGUUAUAAAAGCUGACUUCUCACUGUCCCACAAUCAUUGUUAAUUACUCCGUAGUGGACAGCACGUAUUGACAAAGAUGAAAGAAUUCAUACGACUGGUAGCGGUGCUCGAAAUUCUGAAAUAUACUUGUGUGCUGGCCAAUGAAUACUUGCUCCGUAGUCAGCUAUUUGACCCUUCCAGGCACCACCCCCGUGUCUUACCCCGUACAUCCUCCCAGCCUGUCAUCAUCUCUCUCUCAUGGACAACGGGAAACGUAGCAGGCCUGGAUGAAAUUAAUGGAAAGUUCACUCUUUUGGGCUCGUUAGAACUGAAAUGGAAAGACGAACUGCUGUCGUGGGACCCCGACCAAUACAAUGUGUCCUCCAUUGUUGUGUCUGGACAGGAUAUCUGGACGCCAGAUAUCUACCUCGGCAACAAAAUUGGAUCUGAUUUUCUCGCCUCUGGUGUACAGAAAGACUUGGCAAGAAUUGACAACACUGGUCACGUGACUAUUAUCCAUGGCGGGGAGCUUUCGGUCUUCUGCUCUAUGGACCCCACCAACUUUCCUUUCGACACCCAGAACUGCAUGAUACUAUUCGCGCUCAAGGUCUACUCCGCUUCAGAAGUACGGCUCGAGUUUUCAGACGACCCUAUCCGAUCCGUAUCUGGCGGUCCCCUGACUCUAGACCAUCCUAUCUGGACAAUAACGGGCUUCAACACCGUGGCCUAUCAAUAUGCCCCGUUAGCCUUCAUUAAGUUUUGUUUGUACAGGAAGCCUCUGUAUUAUUCGUUCACAAUGCUUGGACCCUCUGUACUGCUGAACUGUUUGACUAUCUUUGCGUUCCUUAUUCCACAUGAUCAGGGAGAGAAGCUGUCGUGUGGAAUGACAGUCUUCCUGGCCUUUGUGGUCUUUCUGGUACAAGUUGGAGACGUGAUCCCGACGAACUCCAAUGCAGUUCCGAUGUUAGGCAAAUAUUAUUUGUUUUCCAUUGUUGGCAGUGCAGUCAUGGUCAUCCACACAAUUGUCCAUUCUUUCAUUAUCGCCAAAAAGACAAGCACUAACACUAGUGAGACUAGGAUUGAACCUUUCAGCUACAAGCUCGAAAAACAUUGCGACACCGGACUGAUUGGAGAAACUGCAUCAUCUAAAAACUGUUCCUUCAAAAAGUUUAGAUUUGUUGGUGAUCUUCUGAAACGAUAUGGACUAAAGAUUUUUAAUGUACUUUGCUUCUUGUCUUCUUUACUCAUGGUUUCCAUCGCAUUUGCUGUUUUAGUGACAACAAAUAGUUCAUGUAUUUCCUCAUCGUAACAUUAAAGACAAUUUUUUUGCAUGUGCAUAAUGUUUUGAGUAUUUUUUUUCUAUAGUGGACCCGGGUCACUGUCACUUUCCGGUACCGCUAAAUUAAAUGUGUGCAGUAUUUGUAUAAAACGUCACAUUAAAUGUUUUUCUUACCGUGAAC